AUGCGUUGUUGUGCAACUUAUACAUUACCCCUUUUACGCAAGCUCCCCAAAAGGCUGGCUCUUUUUCACCAUUAUUAUGUAAAUCAUUCAGUUUCAUGUGUUCUUCAAACUUCUGAUACGAGUGAUGAUAGCAAUUGUGAUGGCCCUAGUUCUAGUCAUUAUUGUGAUUAUUCUGUUGCACAUAGAGAAAUGAGAGAUUAUGCAAAGAUGGGUUGUGUUCAAAAGGCACUAGAGACUCUCAAUUCAUUUGGGUAUGCAGGGGGGAAACCGUCGGUGUAUGAUUAUAAUGCUUUAAUUUAUAGCUAUUUGAAGUCUCGAAACGUGGUUUUUGAUGAAUUGGGUCGAGUCUGUUUCCAUAUGAAGGAAUUUGGGUUGUGCCCAAAUGCAUUAACAUAUGUUGGCCUAUUUAAUGGAAUGCUUCUGAUGAAUUGUUUGUUGGAUGCGUUGGUUGUCACUGAGGAGAUGCUUAGAAGUGGGUAUGCACCAUCCUUCUCUUCUUUGUCACAGUUAUUGAAAAGAUUAUUGAGAGUGGAGCAUUUAUCUGGUUCGAGAGGGUUUGUACAUAAUGUGUGCACAUACACUGCGUUAGUGUAUGGGCUGAGUGAGGAGAAAAUAUGGAAUGGAGUUUUCCAGGUAUUAAGGGAAAUGAAAAUUGUUGGGUGUAAACCAAAUCUAAUAACAUACACUGUCUUAAUUAAGUAUUUAUGCGAUGAUGGAAGGAUUCAGGAGGUGUUUGUCAUUCUUGCAAAUAUGGAGAAACAAAAAUGCUACCCAGAUUUGGUGACAUGUAACAUCAUUCUUCGUGAGCUCUCUCAUCAGGACAUGGCAGUUGAAAUUAGUGAGCUGAUGUCUCUGAUGGAUCAGAGGGGCUUAUCUCCCGAUUCAUUCACUAUAACUGCGUUGGCUGCUGGCAUGUUGAAGAAAGGAAAGCUAAGGAAUGCUAGUAAUUUUUUGCUUGAUGUUAUUUCACGGGGGUACAAUGUAGAUAUGGCUGUUUAUAACACGUAUCUGCACUCAUUAUGCUUAGACAGUGGAUAUAUAGAAGCAUUAUCUGUGAUUAAGAGUAAGACUAGUAAAGGUUUCACGCCAAACACCAUUUCAUACAACACUAUUCUGAAAGGAAUUUUCUCUGAAGGCAAUCUUGAUGACGCGUUUAGGUUUCUAGAUAAGUUAAACUUUGCCGCAGAUGGUCCAGAUAUAGUUUCUUUUAACACAAUUUUGUCUGGAGCAUGCAAACAAGGGAACUCUUAUAUCAUUCAGAAGCUUCUGGAUUGCAUGGAAGAUAAAAAAAAUAGAGCUUAA